AAGCAGAAUGGUCCGUCAUCGAAAUAGUUCCGUCAAAAAUGGCGGAGUAUGCUAACCUCGUCAGAAGGGCUUUGGGGCAGAUAAGAGGUCAUGGAGGAGUUAAAGGAUUUCUGCUGCAGUUUUUUAGAGUGAAUGAUAUUAAAACUGGAGCACUGAUAGGAGUGGAUAAAUAUGGGAACAAAUAUUAUGAAGACAAGAAGCAUUACUUCUUUGGGCGUCAUCGCUGGGUGAUCUAUACAACUGAGAUGAAUGGAAAGAACACUUUAUGGGAGGUGGAUGGGAGCAUGGUGCCAGCUGAGUGGCAUCGUUGGCUGCACUGUAUGACAGAGGAUCCCCCCACCACACACCCACCUGAGCCUAAGAAGUUUCUGGCUGAGGUGCAUCAGUUCAAUGUGAGUGGUUCCUCACAGCAAUAUGUCCCAUACCCAACGACACGCAAGAAGAUACAUGAGUGGGUGCCUCCGAAAGCCACACCUCAGUGAUACUGGACGGAAUUGUCACUUUUCAAUGUUGUAAUUUAUAUUAAUGGCCAUAAUGUUCACAUACAAAAUAAAAUAUCUAUUGCAA